GCAUAGUUGAACAUUGGAAUGAUCCCUUAGCGGAGCGUGAUUCCACAUAAAAUAUGUAAAUCUUCAAGAAUCUUAGCCGACCAGGUCCAGUGAUCACAAUUCAUUCAAUCAUCAGCAGGCGCAAGUGUUCAGGCCCUGUAGAAGUUGAAAUUGAUUCGAUAAAAUCCAACAUAAGGGCACAAUUGAAUCCUUAUUUCCAAUAUAAUAUUUAAGUCCAGUAACAUCAGUUGUGUCGAUUCGCUGAGAUACAACAUACUGGUCCAAGAAUACACUGAGUAAAUUGUCUUACGCCCUGCAGCGUUUCAGGACACAAAGUUGCUUCAAAAUGAUAUUUCCCAGGUCACAGCUGCGUACCCACACGUGUCUCCUGAGUCCUGGCAGGAGCACUGGGGUGCACAGUAGCAUCUCCAGGUGUCCCCUGGGAGCAGUUGGUGGCCCACAGCAAAGACCUGCUCUGUGCAGCAGAGGCUGCAGAAAGAGAUGGCAAGCAUCUCGAAUAGCAGGAGUCGCUGUUGCCGCGUCCUCCAGAGUGACAGUAUUCCCUGCGGGCAAGAAGCAGGCCAAGGUGGCUUUGCCGGCCUGCAUCUUGGUGCUGACAGCUGCGGAUGUGGUGGAGCGGCGACAAGAGCUGACGCAGAGCAUUGGAGAUGCCAUUGCGGCCGGCGCUACUGGCGUCCUGCUUGAGGAUGAUGACGGCACAGGAGGUGCGCAGCUCUAUGAGGCAGCAAUCGUGCUGAAGGAUGUGCUGCGAGGCCGAGCGGUGCUCCUGAUCCAGGACCGCACAGACAUCGUGGCUGCUGCAGAGGCCGAUGGCGUUGUCUUGUCGAGCCGAGGCGUGCCAACUGUUGUGGCAAGGCGGUCACUGCCAGACAAUGCAAACCUGGUGGGAAGGAAGGUGGCCACAGGUCAUGAAGCCGUGCGUGCCGCUGCAGAUGGAGCCAGCCUUGUCAUUCUGGAGAGUGGGAGCGGGAGGGCGGUGGCAGAUGCAGCAGUAAUUCAGGAGGCAAAGACUCAGCAGGGCGGCAAUGUGCCAGUCAUUGCAGCAUUGUCAAAAGAGGAGCCUGUUUCCAAGGAGGCUGCUUCAGAUUUGAUGCCACAACGGGCAUAUUUCUAUGGCACCCUCUGUCCACGACUCAUGACAGAUAUAAUUUCACUUGUGCAGGAAGUGGUUCCCAGCAUGGAGGAGGUGGGUCUGCUGAGGGAUGCGUUGAAGCAGCUAGAUCAGCCGUUCCUGAUGGUGGUGGUCGGGGAGUUCAACAGCGGCAAGUCCACGGUCAUCAACGCUCUGCUGGGCAGACGCUUCCUGGCAGAGGGCAUCCUGCCCACCACCAAUGAGAUUUCCGUCCUCAAGUUUAGGUCAUCCCACUGCCACACCCCUCUUUGCGCGGCCAGCUUUGGGUUCCUGAGAAUGUUGGCGUGUUCGCAGGUGCGCUACCUGCCGGCAGCGCUGCUGCGUGACCUGAACAUAGUGGACACGCCCGGCACAAAUGUGAUCCUGGAGCGGCAGCAGCGGCUGACCGAGGAGUACGUGCCGCGCGCCGACAUGGUCCUAUUCACCAUGUCCGCCGACCGGCCGUUCACGGACAGCGAGGUCCGCUUCCUGAAGUACAUCCGGCAGUGGGGCAAGAAGGUCGUGUUUCUCGUCAACAAGGUCGACAUCCUCAGUGGCGGGGAUGAGGUGGAGGAAGUUGCGCAGUUUGUGUCGGACAAUGCGCGGCGGGUGCUGGGUGUGGAUGCUGCCAAGGUGCUGCCGGUCUCCGCCAGGGCCGCGCUGCAGGCCAAGCUGGACGCCACCUCCUCCAGGAACGGCUUCUUCGGUGAGGCAUCUGCACUCCACAGAAGUUCGCCGCUGGAGACGCUGGACGAGGAGGCGCUGGCGCGCAGUGGGCAGUGGGGGGAGAGCCGCUUUGGGGAGCUGGAGCGCUUCAUGGUUGACUUCCUCGUCGGCGGCGGCGCCGCGGGCGAGUCGCUGCGCCUCAAGCUGCAGACGCCCCUCUUCGUAGCCGACGCCCUCCUGGAAGCCGCGCGCCAGCAGCUCUCCAGCGAGCUCUCCACCGCAGAACAGGAGGCGGAGGCGGUGGCGUCGGUGCAGGGGCAGCUGCGGGCGUUCCGGCGGGAGAUGGAGGCUGACGGCACCGCCCAGCGCGCCGAGUGCCGCCGCCUCGUCGCCACCGCUGUGCGCCGCGCUAGGGAGCUUGUGGACGACGUCCUGCAGCUGUCAAACCGGGAGGCGCUGUCGGCGUACGCUGCGCGGCGGCAGUGGCGGGAGCAGCGCGAGGCCGUCGCAGCACAAGCGAAGGAUGCAAACGCAGAUGGUGAGGCGGGUGAGGGAGAUGCGGAGGAGAGCGGCAGCGACACGGCGGUGGCAGCUCUGAUGCGUUUUGAGCCCAAGGCUGCGGCGCUGGUGCUGGAGGAGGAGAUCAGGGAAGCCGUGCUCAGCAGCGUCAGCUCCGCCGUCGGUGCGGGGCUGGUGGGGGUGGUGCUGACCUGGAUUCUGCCCACUACGCUGGAGGAUGUGCUGGCGAUAGUCCUGACGGGUCUGGCCGGCUACGUGGCGCUGCUCAACCUGCCGCUGCGCCGCGCCGAGGCCAAGGCCAAGCUGGAGCGCGUCGCCAACAACUUCAUCCAGGAGGUGGAGGACAGGCUGAAGGCAGAGCUGGAGAGCAGCCUGGACGCAUGCACAGCAGAGGUGAAUGCCUUCAUCAAGCCGCUGGAGGAGGCCACCCUGGCUGUGGUGGAGCGGGUGAGGGAUUCUGAGAUCAGGCGAGCCGUGCUGGCAGACGAAUUGGAGCAGCUGAAGCAGCGCGCUGCCAGCGUAGAGUAG